AUGGAGGAAAACUCAUACUCAGAAUUUUCCAGAAAGAGGUCAUGUUGCCGGCGGGGGCUGACGCUGGUGCUCCUGGGGUUGCUGAUGGCUUCGUUCUGCGCUGGGCUGCUGACCCUGUUCCUCCUGUGGCACUGGGACACGGUUCAGGAGAUGAAGCAGCUCGAAGAAAAGGCUGCCCGCAACGUCUCCCAGGUUUCCCAGGACUUGGCAAGGCACAAGGACCACCAGAUGACCCAACAAUCCCAGGCUGCCCGCAUGUUGCAGAAUAUGGAGAAAAUCGAAGCUGAACAGAAGACAAUGAAACACCAGGACUCUCAGUUCUCGCGGAACCUGGAUGGGGUCCAAGAGGAUCUGAGCAAUCUAAAGUCCGCUGCCCUGAACAAGAUGUCCAGUGUCUGGAAUCGCAUGGAGAAGCUCCAGGAGGAAGUGGAGAAGCUGUGGAUAGAGCUGCGUGUGGCCAACGGCUCCCAGUGCAACAGGUGCCCAGAGCACUGGGUCAACUUCCGCCGGAAAUGCUACUACUUCGGCCAGGGCUCCACCAAGAAGUGGUUGCAGGCGCGGAACGAGUGUCGGGCCCUGCAGGGGCAGCUGGUCAGCAUCCACAGCCAGGAGGAGCAGGACUUCCUCACCCCGCACGGCAGUAAAUUUGGAACGUGGAUCGGCCUCCGGGACCUGGACUUGGAGGGACAGUUUGUCUGGAUGGACGAGAAUCCCUUGGACUACAGCAACUGGGGCCCCGGGGAGCCCAACAACCAGGAACCCAGCGAGGACUGCGUGGUGAUGGGGCACUCGGGGAUGUGGAACGACGUGGACUGCACCAGCCGGCUGGACAGCUGGGUGUGUGAAAGGCUGGCCACCUGCUGACCCGCCCGAGCCCCCAGCCAGCCCCCCAAACACCCGCACCCUAAUUCAAGA